AUGAUGGGCUUGUUGCGAUAUCAAGUGUUUCUUGUCUAUGGGGUGGUCUUCCUAGCGGCUUGGCAGGGCGCCAAAAUGAAUCAAAGUGAAGCACCCUCCGAUGCGUCAAGGAUCGUUGUGGAUUUUGCCCCGAUUUGGGCCGUCUUGCUUCUCGGAGUCUAUGCUGCCGCCACCAUUAUCUACAACGUGAUGACUUUUAACGAUUGUCCAGAAGCCGCGGCAGAGUUGGAUCGGCAAGUCAAGGAAGCCAAGGCGGAAAUGAGAAAGAGGAAAGUUAUUGUGGAUUAA